AUGUCCGACCCUCAGCCGCUCAACGUUGCCAGCACCAUGCCAGACGAAUCAGUGAUCAGGCAACGAAAUAUAGCUGAAGGGACUCAUGAUACAUCUACUCUCCUUGCAAACUCAUCUCAUGAUUCAAACGAUAUAAGCACAUCUUCCCCGCCUCAGGAGGUGGAGGUUGCGGCGACCGCCUUGCCCGAACCCUCGAAAGAACUUCCCUUGACGGCAGCACCACCUCAAGUAAUCCCCACUGUGGGCCAGCAACCGAACUUUGGCAUCGUGGGGUGGAUGUUCAGUCCCUAUCGACCUACCAACCCAAACAUCUUUCACACCAUCACCUCCAUCCUUCUAUAUCCCACCAUCUUCGAAGACUUAUACAGGAGUGCCCUCAAAUCAGACAUCGUAGGCAUUCUAAGAAUUCUCACCUCUACCGCAUCAAUAUGGGAGUUGUACCUCACAUCCGCAAUAUAUAGCAUCUUGUCAGUCCUUCGAUAA